ACACACUCGGAGAUGCAGGACAGCGAGUCUCAUCGGUCGUCUCUCUGAUUUUCUGAAGAGAUUUAUUUAAAAUUUUAAUUUUAAUUUUUACAUUUUCUAGAUUUUUUUGAUUGGUUUCUUUCCGAUUUCGCAGGGUGAAGCUUCACUGAUUGGAUUUAUUUUGAUGAGCAUUCGCAUUUCUAACAUCAUUUUGAUCAUCUGAAUUUUUCAGAUUUUUUAACUUCUUAUUUUUCUUCAGUGUUAAUGUUAGUGUUAAUGUUGGUGUUAAUGUUGGUGUUAAUGUUGGUGUUCAGUAUUUUGCAGCUUUUACAGAACUUUUGAGUAAAACAGGGACAACAUUCUUCCUUUUUUAUUGUCAGCCUUAAACGUUCUGUCCGUCAGGAUUUCCCCAGACUUCCACAGGUCCCUCAGACCUGCACUGUGUAAUGAUGAGUGUUCCCAUGCUGAAGAUGGGUCUGGUGCUCAGUACCAUGGCCAUGCUGACUAACUGGAUGUCUCAGACGCUCCCCAGACUGGUGGGACUGGAUCAGACGGCGGCUCGUCUGGGAAACUCCGAGAAGUUCAUCAGCGUGGUGUAUCCGGGACAGGAUGAAGGCUGGCAGGUCUUUGGUUCUGUGUCAGAUGUAGGAGGGAAGUGUGUGUGUAAGCUCCUCGCCCCCCCGCCGAACCACUGCCGUAAAGAACCACGACACACUCGCCUUGGCCAAAUCACAGAGCACCUCCAGAAUGUGACUCAGUAUUUGGAGCUAUUGGAUUGGCGAACAUCUCGAGAUCUGCAACAUAUCAGAGACACAGAGAAGAAGAUCAUCAGUGUGGAAAAGAGAGUGAAGACUGCACUCAGUAACCCUUACACUGUCACUCAAGAAGUGUUAAAGGAGCUGGAACAGAGUGUGCUGGAGAGUCUUCCUCUGCGUGCUGUGUUGGCUCGGUUCCGCUCGGAGGUGUUGAAGGUGGAAGUGUUGAAGCGGGAGAUGGUGAGAGUGAGCUCGAGUCUCACCCAGGAGCAGACCCUCACCUACAGCAGCGUUCAACAGCUGGAGCAGAGAGAGAUACAGCUGCAGAGCCGACUGCACAUCUGCGCUAGCUCAGUUGGUUGUGGUAAGCUGAUGGGACUCAGUAACCCGGUCACCAUCAGGUCCUUUGGGUCCCGUUUUGGCUCUUGGAUGAUGGACAGUAUGAUUUCCAGCUCUGAUGAACGAGUCUGGUCCAUGGACGGCUACUUCAGAGGAAAGCGUGUGUUUGAAUACAGGACGCUGAGGGACUUCACUACAGGACACAACUUUGUGGUCCAUCAGCUUCCUCAUCCGUGGGCAGGUACAGGUCAUGUGGUGUAUAACGGCUCUCUCUACUACAAUAAACACCAGACUAACGUUAUAGUGCGAUAUCACCUGCUGUCUCGCAGCGUUCUAACACAGCGCACUCUCUCCCAAGCCGCUUACAACAACACCUUCCCGUACUCUUGGGGCGGAUCCUCCGACAUCGACCUCAUGGCAGAUGAGAGCGGUCUCUGGGCGGUCUACACCACCCUGAUGCACGGGGGAAACAUGGUGCUGGGCCGCCUAGACCCUGUCACCCUGGACUUGGUACAGUCCUGGGACACCGGCUUCCCCAAGCGUAGCGCCGGAGAGGCUUUCAUCGUCUGUGGCUCGCUCUAUGUCACUGAUUCGCACCUAAACGGAGCCAAGAUCCAUUUCAUCUACCACACGGACAGCCAGAUGUAUGAGUACACACACAUCCCCUUCCACAACCAGUACUCACACAUCUCCAUGAUGGACUACAACCCCAGAGAAAAGGUGCUGUAUGCCUGGAACAACGGACAUCAGGUCAUCUAUAACAUCACGCUCCUGCAAGAGAUCAAGACUUUCACAGAUGUGUAG